GAAAUACCUUAUCUGAAAAUUUUGAGUAUAGUCCAAGCUUCUCUUGGUGGCACCAAAGAGACCAAACUCUAAUUUCCUCCACUCAUAACACACCCCUAUCUGGUUAGGAAAAGCCAACAACUCCUUUUCUCUAUCAACCACUUACUAGACUUUUUUCUGCCAUAAAAUAAGCCUGCUUGGUCAUUCACUCACUCUCCCUUUUUCUCUCUUUCGUUCUCCUUCUACAGGUAAUCCCGGCAAGACACUUUCCGAUUCCUGCUCCGGCCAUUUUCAAGCAGUUCCCAGUUGGGAGAAGGGGAAAAAUGGCACAGAUUUUAGCACCCUCAACUCAAUGGCAGAUGAGGCUACCUAAGACCUCGACCUAUGGAAGUCCCAUUGCAACAAAAAUGUGGAGUUCUCUGUUAUUGAAACGAAACAAGCAAGGAGCAGCUAAAAGCUCUGGCAAAUUUAGUGUGCUUGCCUUGCAGUCUGAAAACAGCACCGUCAACAGGCUUGAGAAGCUACUAAACAUGGACAUCACUCCAUACACUGAACAGAUCAUUGCUGAAUAUAUUUGGAUAGGAGGCGGUGGAAUUGAUUUGCGUAGCAAGUCCAAGACAAUAGCAAAGCCAGUUGAACAUCCCUCUGAACUUCCCAAGUGGAACUAUGAUGGAUCAAGCACCGGACAAGCACCUGGUGAUGAUAGUGAAGUUAUUUUAUACCCUCAAGCAAUUUUUAAGGAUCCUUUCCGGGGAGGUAACAAUAUCUUGGUGAUUUGUGAUACAUACACACCAGCUGGUGAGCCCAUUCCCACAAACAAGCGCCACAGAGCUGCUGAGAUUUUCAGUAACAAGAAGGUGGUAGGUGAAGUACCAUGGUUUGGGAUUGAGCAAGAGUACACCUUACUUCAGCAAAAUGUGAAAUGGCCGUUGGGUUGGCCUGUUGGAGGCUACCCUGGUCCUCAGGGUCCUUAUUACUGUGGAGCUGGAGCUGACAAGUCAUUUGGGCGUGACAUCUCAGAUGCUCAUUACAAGGCUUGUUUAUAUGCCGGCAUUAACAUUAGUGGCACCAAUGGGGAGGUUAUGCCAGGCCAGUGGGAGUAUCAAGUUGGCCCAAGUGUUGGUAUUGAUGCUGCGGAUCAUAUCUGGUGUUCUAGAUACAUUCUUGAGAGAAUCACUGAACAAGCUGGCGUUGUUCUCUCCCUAGAUCCUAAACCAAUAGAGGGAGACUGGAAUGGUGCUGGAUGCCACACCAAUUACAGUACAAAGAGCAUGAGGGAAGAUGGAGGCUUUGAAGUUAUAAAGAAAGCAAUCUUGAAUUUAUCGCUUUGCCAUAAGGAACAUAUUAGUGCCUAUGGUGAAGGAAAUGAGAGAAGAUUGACAGGAAAGCAUGAAACCGCCAACAUUAACACGUUUUCUUGGGGAGUGGCUAAUCGUGGUUGCUCAAUCCGAGUUGGGCGUGACACUGAGAAGAAUGGAAAAGGUUACCUGGAAGACCGGCGCCCGGCUUCGAACAUGGACCCCUAUGUUGUGACAUCUUUGCUGGCAGAAACUACAAUAUUGUAUGAGCCAACACUUGAAGCUGAAGCACUUGCUGCUCAGAAGAUUGCUUUGAAGGUCUAAUGCAGGCAUUUUGCAAAGCAAUUUGGUUUUGUCAGCUCAUUCGCAGGGAUGGUUUUUGCCCUUUUUCUAAUUAGGCUUUUAGGGAAGAUCCCUGUAAAUAAAGGGCUUGUCAAAUGUUGUUCUCAAAUGGAUUGUCUUGUAAAUUAGAAUUAAUGGUCUUAUCAACUAUCUUCUGUUAAUGGAUAUUUUUUAUGUUUACUCGUUGAAGAUUCUUGAUUAUUAUUAUUAUUUUUU